GCUCCAGUCUUCUUCUCACAGAGAACUAACAGAAGACACACAGCCAUGACUCCAGCUAUCACUGCAGCUAGGAUCUACUCCACAGAACAUCUUCCACUUACAAAUAAGUUCAGAAAGCCAGUAGUGGAGAAGAUGCGUAGAGAACGUAUGAACAGCAGCAUUGAGAAGCUCAAGUCUCUCCUGGGUCAAGAGUUCCUAAAGCAACAGCCUGAUUCCAGACAGGAGAAAGCCGACAUCCUGGAGAUGACAGUUCAUUUCCUGAGACAACAGCAGCAGUCUCACAUGGACUCUCCCUGCUCUACUGCAGCUAAUGAAGGCUACACCAGGUGUGUGGAGGAGGCCAUCAACUUCCUGUCUCAGUGUCAAGUGCAGACUGAGUCCCAGAGAAGGCUGCUGAAACACCUCCUCAGCAUGCAGCCUUCCUUGGAGAAGAGCAGAAGUGUCCUGCCUCAGCUCAGCUCUCCAGCCUGUCAAAUCAGCAGCAAAGAGGAGACUCCAGCAUGCAGUGCACUCUGGAGGCCCUGGGAGAGUCAUGUGGACACUUAUGAUUAGGAAAUAGAAUUCAAAAUUACAGUCUAUGAUCAGUAUAGACUGAAAUUUUUGGUUUGUAGGAAUUUAUUUCCUCUUAAUCUGCUUUUUCAGAAUUAUAUGUUUUGCUUUCAUUGAGAGCAAGUGUGUAAACUAUGUUUACAUUUCUUUUUUAUUUUAAUUUUGUAAAUAAACUACAAGUUAAAUGCACCUUAUGAUCUUUAAAACAUGGAUCAAAUAUUUGGACACUCAAAUAAUUGAUGUCUAAUAUAGAUUUAUUUUGAGAGUAUUCUCUCUGUAUUUAAAAAAAAUAGGGUUUGCUUCCACAGACAGAAAGCAUUAUUGAGCUACUGUUUUUCUUGUUGUAUAAGAAAUAUUUCAUUAGACAAAUAUGUUCAAAUUAUGUUGAACAAAAUAUUGUAACUUGUUUUUGCAUAACAUUAAUGCUAUGAAAUGUUUGCAUGUUUACAUGUGUGUCUUAUUUUUGCUAAUUAGCAAUUUGCAUAGCAAUUGUGUUUCACAUAGAAACUUAACCUUAUCUCUUCAGUGAAGGUGACAAAUGUUACAAAGGUUUGACUACAUAAAUCAUAAAGCUUCCUUUGAUAUGUAAUAAAUACAUGUAAACUGAA